AUGAUAAAAGCUGCACAGUUAAAGGAAAAUGCCACCGUUGCUGAUAUGAUUGGUAAUGGGGAAUGGAAGUGGCCAACCGAGUGGAAAGAAAGGAUUGUAGAGUUGACAAAUGUUGUUGUUCCUAAUCUUGAGAAUCAAUUAGAUGAUAGAUUAGUAUGGGUUAAUAAAAAAGGGGUAGAGACUAAAUUUUCUGUUGGAAAUGUAUGGAACGAUACUAGGGAGUAUGGUAACAAAGUGCAGUGGGCUAAGAUGGUUUGGUACACUCAAUGUAUUCCAAGCCAUGCGUUCGUUGUUUGGUUAGCAAUGAGAGGUAGACUUAAUACCCAAGAUAAAUUGGCUAAGUGGUAUCCGGAGAAUGAGUUUGAAUGCGUAUUUUGCAAAAAUCAAAGUGAUUCUGUUUGCCAUUUGUUUUUUUAUUGUGAGUAUUCUAGUUGGAUUUGGAAGGAAGUAAAGAAAAAAGUUAAAGGGAGUGAUAUUCCAAAUGAGUGGGAGAAAAUUGUUACUUGGUUUAUAAAUUCAAAAUGUCCAAACAAGGUGUGGAAUGUGGUACAAAGACUUGUAUUUGCUGCAAGUGUUUAUUGGAUUUGGAGGGAAAGAAAUAGUAGAAUAUUCAAAAAGAUUGUAAUCCCCAAGGAAACAAUAAAGGAAAAGAUUGUGGAGUGUGUUAAGCUGAGAAUUUUGAGUUUAAAGUUUAAACAAUGCACAACUUAUGAGGAGUUGAAAGAGAAUUGGGAAAUAAAUAUGGCUGAGCAUAGACCAAGAUUAUGA